AUGACGGAGGUGCUGGUGGCCCCCCGCGAACGGCGGUCGCAAUUUUCCCCGGAUCCUGUGCGGCCACAAUCGCGGUCACGGCGGUCACCCACCGCGCAACGAUACUUCCUCGAGGACCCCGAUAUCCCAUUCAAGUCACCCAUGCAAGAUGAAUUUACGGCUCGGGAGUGCCCCAGCCCCGUGGCCUCAACCGUCUCCUCCAUCCCACCGUCUCCGAGUUUCACCCCGGCUACCCUGAGCAGUGUGUCCUUGACCGAUGAUCUCAUCCUGCCAACCUACGAGUUUGAUCCAAAAGCGUCUUCCGUGCCCUCCAGGGACGACCAAGAGGCCCUGAGCGACGCGUCGGCCGAUGCGCUCCCGAACCUCUCGACCGCCGCCUGGUCCGCCUGCACCACCCCAGCGGCCGAUGACACUUCCGCGGAGGUGGAACCGUCAAGACAUGUCGAUUAUCUCUCCCACGACUGGAAGGAAGAGGAUAUCUGGGCCUCCUGGCGCUAUGUCACCAUGCGCAAAACAUCUUACAGCAAUGGGGUACGGCUCGAGAACGCGUCCUGGCGAACGUGGGCCAAGGCUAAAAACAAUUUGGGGACCAUCUCCCCCGAGACAUUGAAUUGGUUGAAGGACUGUGAUGUGACAUGGUUAUAUGGCCCCCUUAAGACGUCCGGCUCUAGCGAUGCCGUCGCGUCGGAUGUAUCGCCGCCCCCGAGUCGUCUCGAGACCCCCAAUUCGUAUCUGGACCGGAAACCUAUUUUGAAGAAGAAAACUGCUUCGGAAACCAUCCUCCAGCGAUCGCUGUCCCAGCACACCCUGCUCCAACAUGCGGGGGCCAUUCUCCAGGCUCAGGAGGCCGAAAGCGGCUGGGCGCGUCCCCCCUUCCCCCGAUCCAACACCGACCUGGACCAGAUUCACCACCGGACGGGAAGCUCGACCUACUCGCUCGGCGGGACGCUCACCACCUCGUCCUCCUCCGGCUUGACGUCACCAAGUGAACGACGGCACAUCCACUUCAACAAUGAAGUGGUCCAAUGCAUUGCGGUCGAAGCCAAAGGUGGGGACGAGGCAGACGGAUGGCCGCCCGCCUUGGAUGAUGGCUCCUCCUCGGAUGACGGCGUGGUCAUGAUGCGACAAGCCCCUGGCGCCUCACUGAGCAGUCGAAGCACUCCGCGAAAUAGCUUCAGCAGCGACAGCAAAACGAUUGCCCCUCUCCCUUCCACCACCCUCAAAUACCGGGGCGACACCCCCGAGCCUCGGGAAUCCAUUUUGGAUCGCUGGGCCUCGCUCCCUUCUUCUUCUACCUUGUCCCCUACUCCUUCGGUUGAGACCCUCCGACCUUCUCCAUCCUCUCCAUCCUCUCCAUCCUCUCCAUCCCCACACCAUUUCCAAUCCUCUGCCAAUUUCCUCCUUGACGACGAGGACGAAGAUCCAUCCCUUGACUUCACGGGACACUAUAUCAACCGAGACCAGCCAUGGUUCGUACCCGAGGAUGAGGCCACCAACCGUCCCUUGCGAUUAACUCCUUCAGGCAUGUUCAUGCCCUAUGGUGACGGUGAAGGAGAGCCAGCCAACAAUGGUCUGUUGGGCCGAGUUGUCGAUACCGUCAAUACGGCGCGUGAUAUCGCCCAUGUUAUUUGGAAUGUCGGGUGGCGACGCUGA